AUGUCGCGCCAGGCACAUGUAUUCAGUCUUUGCCAGCCAGUCCUGAGAACUCCCACCCCAAGAAAUUUAUCUAUUGGCCGAGACUACCGAGGCGACGACGUCAGCGAUUUCAACGGAGGCCUAAGGCCAGCAAUAUCCGUCCGUUUCCCCCUGGAGUCGAUCGACAGUUACUCAUACCGUAGAGUGCGAGAAUCUUUCGACCAGAGAUUGUUCGAUGGGAAAAACGGGGUUGUGGGUUGGGAUCUGCGGGGGAUGCAGCUGCUACCAAGAUCUGGGACUUCUGGGAGAGAGAACUACAAGGCUCAAGAAGAGUACGCUCGAUUUCAUUCAACAAACUAUAGCUGCCACCUACGUAGCGGAUUUUUUACCUGGCAACUCGUAAUUGCGUUAUCGAUAACAUGGGAAGCCUUGGUAUUAUUCACAGGGUUUUGUCGCAGUUGGGAUCGAAGCCCUGGAUUUUUGCAAGUAGCCGUUUGA